AUGGUCGCAACCUUGCUGGCAUCAUUUGUUGCGGUGCGUUGCUGGCCGUCGUCACCGUUUGUGAUCGGCCAGCGAACGUCCGCUCGGGACACCCUGGUAUCAAGACGAGCCGGAAAUCCCUUCGACGUGUUGGGCCUGCCUCGGAGCGCUUCCUACGACGAGAUCCGCUCAGCUUUUCGCAGCCUGGCCAGGACAUAUCACCCUGAUGUGCCAGGUACUGGUGACGAGGAUCGCUUUCGUUCUAUUCGCGAGGCCUUGGAGCAGCUAGGUACAGCGGAAGGGCGAGCCCGUUGGUCUUCCACGAAAAAGUCGACGUCUAGAUCAGCCGACAGCUACGCCUACAGUAGCUACAGCAGCAGCACCAGCAGCAGCAGCUAUGGCUACAGCACUCGCCACAGGCAAGGCCAGAGGAGCAGUUGGGAAGAGGAAGUUCGAAGCCGAAAGACUCGACAAGAGGAGCAGCGAUGGAGGCAGCAGCAGAAGCAAGAGAGGGAUGCACAGAAGCAGGCCAAGGCCGCUGCUGCUCAAGAUGUGUUCUUCGAGCGGGAACUGCGAAAGGCGGUUGCGUCUGCAAAGCACCGACAGGCGAAGCGGCGAAAGGAGUGGCAGCAGGGCGUGAAGGAGGUGCUGGAGACAGUUCGCAAGCAGCAGAAGGAGGAUAUCCAUCUCGGCUGGAGCACGCUUGAUGCCUUCAAGCAGAGAAGGAGGCAACAGCUGGAGGACGAGGCAGGAGUCUGGAAAGGUCGUCUGGAAGAAGAGCAAGAAAAGACAGCUUCCCAAAGAGAGAAGGACGGAAAGAUUUGGGUGCAAAAGUUCGCCCAUGUUGAAGAGGAGGCCUCUCAUCGUCGAGAGGAGCUUGGGCGCCGGUACUCGAAGAGGCUGCGGGACUUUCGAGAGGACCUCCAGCAGAGAGCCGAGAACACCCAGGUCGUGGCCGAGAAGAUUCAAGAGGAGAUCGAAAACAUUGUCUCGAAGCAAGACGAGAAAAACAUGAAUU